AGAACAAAAGAGGAGCGGUGACCUAUCCGGAACCAUGCAGUAGGUGGCCAGUUUCGCAUCGGACAAUAAUUUUUGUAACUUCAACGGGCGCUUCAAAACUUAUUAGUAUCAGUAGUUAGUAGUUUCGGUUUUGUUUAAUAGUGUGUCGUGAUGCCGGCUGAAAAUCUACGAUGGGAAACUUUACUGGCUUUAAAAAAUUCACCGAAGGGAAACAUCACGUUCGAUCCGCACUGGCUGGAAAGGGGCGAUCAUAUUUUGGAAGGUUGUAAAGAGGCCCUCGUCUUGUCCUCGCACUGUGGGAUUGUACUGGAUCAUCUCGGAUCGUUGCCUUUGCAGAAGUCCUGCUUUCUGAGCUCCAGCUCUGGAGACUCCAGCCCUGGCCUGUCCAAGGAGAUCCCAGCCUCAUGUUCCUCCACAGGAUCUAUCCCUGACACCAAUGCUAAUCAAGGCCCAGCUUUAAAGACAGAACCUGAGCAGGCUGUAAGUGAUGAGGAGAAGGUUGAAAACUCGGAGGCGGAUGUCAGUGACAUUUCCAGUCCCGUGUCACUUUCCCUGCUGUCACCCAAAGCCAUGGAGACGGCCGGCCGCAUUAUCAAAUUUGAGGAGGAGCUGCGAGGAAAGGCCAAGAUGGCACUCAGACUGCGGCAGGACCUGCAGGAGAAGAUGGUGGUGGCAGCGGCAAGCUCGGAGACAGAGCAUCUGAAACGCUUUGAGGAGUUCGUGGAGCUGAAGCAGAGGCAGGAGUACCAGAGUAUGAGGGACAUGAUGGACAGAGAGUGAGAGCCCAUUCAGAACAUUUUUUAUGAAGAGAAGCUGAAGGAAGAGCAGCGAUACCGAAUGAAGGUCAUGAACCUGCGGCUGAGGGAGGCGGAGCAGCAGCGCCUGCGGGAGGCGGAGCUUGAGCGGCAGCGACAGACAGAGGGCAGGGAGAGACUCCGUAACCUCAACAGCAUCCAGGAGAAGAUCUUGCAGCUCAACCAGCAACUGGAGCCGUCCACCCAGACCAAUACCGAUCUCCCACCGGCCAGCCAGAGUUCCUACAGCACCCGUGGGAACCAGCUGUGCUCCCAGGUGUCAGAGGUGGUUCGGAAGACAGCAGAGGGGGAGUUUCCCAGCAUGGAGGACAUGACGGUGGCUGAUCGAGCCCUCCACGAGAUGAGGGCGCUGAUCCGGCUGAUGCAGGAGGAGGUGACCAAGGCUCAAGAGAAGAAGAAAGACCAGGAGAAGGAAGAAGCACGCAGGAAGCAGGCGGAGCUACAGGCGCAGCAGGAUGCACAGAAGAAGGCGGCACAGUCAGCUAAAGAGAGGGCACAGAGGAAAGGGCUGCAGACCAGUGCUGAGGAGAGCACGCUGAAAUGGUACAAGGACCUGCAGGACACAGCUGCUCAGUGCGCUCAGUCCUUCGAACAGCUCAACUCCCCAAAAGACGCCCAGACAAAGAAGCUGAAGCUGGAGCUCCAGAAAGCCGCCACCAUCCCUGUCAGUCAGAUCUCCGCCAACUCUGGCUCGCAGCUCAGAGAAAUCUUUGACAAGAUCGACAAGCUGCUGUCAGGACGGGCGGUGGUGUCGGGGGGCAAGUCUGUGUCCCCCUCCCAGCAUCCACAGGGCCUGGACUUUGUCAGCUACAAACUGGCUGAGAAGUUUGUGAAACAAGGCGAGGAGGAGGUGGCGGCUCAUCACGAAGCUGCCUUUCCCAUUGCUGUGGUGGCCUCUGGAAUCUGGGAACUGCACCCUCAGGUGGGGGACCUCAUCCUCGCACACCUGCACAAGAAGUGCCCCUACGCAGUCCCACAUUACCCUCCGAUGAAGGACGGCACCCCUGUGGAGGAGUAUCAGAGGAUUCUUGGUUACCGUGUGGAUGACUCUGGGGUCGAAGGUCAGGACAGUUUCCUGAAGAGGAUGUCUGGGAUGAUCCGUCUCUAUGCUGCCAUGAUACAGCUGAGGUGGCCCUACAGCUCCAAGCAGGGGCCUGUUCCUCACGGCCUGAACCACGGCUGGCGCUGGCUGGCCCAGAUGCUCAACAUGGAGCCUCUGGCCGACAUCACAGCAACACUGCUGUUUGACUUUCUGGAGGUUUGUGGCAGUGUGCUGAUGAAGCAGUACCAGGGCCAGUUCUUGAAACUCCUCCUGCUUCUCAAAGAGGAAUACUUCCCCAGAAUCGAAGCCGUGACCAGCAGUGGACAGAUGGGCUCAGUCAUCAGACUCAAACAGUUUCUAGAGACGUCGCUGCAGAGCCGACACAUCAGUCCACCCAAGGGCCAGCUGAGCUCCACGUUCUGGAGUUCGUGAUGGAGGAGGAGACCUGGUGACGCCUUUUUAAAAUGAGAAAGAUGUGGUGUGAUGCUGAGAAACCUCCUGCACGACUGAUCAGAGGGGAAGAAGAGUGCUGCUUCCUGCUCUGGUUUCAUUUACUGGACGCCUUAAAAAGCUGAUCGAGUUGCAGCCGGCGGCCAAACUCACCUACAUCUUUAGACUAUGACAGAUUUAUCAGCAGUUUGUCAGGGAGUGCUUCCUCGUCAAAUGCGUCUUAUUACAGCUUUAAGAUGCGUCAUAAUUAACGUGUGCGGCAAAAAGAGCCACAGCUUCUUUCUGAAACAAGGUCACGUGAUCAUGAUGCACUGUGUUGAGAUGUAAACUUCUGAACCCUCCAGACGAAUCAGUUCUCCGGUGCUGGAGAUGAUAAUGUGCAUUUUAUCAGUUUGCUGCUGGUUUGUUGACGUUUCUGUGGGAAGCGGCUGUUUGUUUUACUUUGGCCACUGCAGCAUCACUCUGCUGUUUGUGUUUUUAUUCAGAGCUAUGUUGAAUGAUUUGAACGGUUGCUAUUUAUUUUUUAUGAAUCCACCAUGUCGAAGGAAGAUUAGUGGUUUGAUGGGUAAUCACUAAGAAGGAAGUUAUGCAAGGAGACAAAUACAAUGGGGAGUAACUGCACAGCUGGUCCUCAGGCUGAAGCACAAAGCUUUGUUUGAGCUGAGGGUUUUUCAGGUGUACCACUAAGAUUGUGAUCCUCAGGAGUCGUGCACAAAUGUCUCCAUGUAUAAACUGAAUGUCAGAAAUAAAACCUCGUCUGCAGUUUACUGGA